CAAGAUAGUUUACAAGAAGUUAAUGGCUAGGAAACGGGUUGCUUUGCUUAUUUUUUUAAUUACUUCAGAUGUCUGCUUUUGAGGAGUUCGCGUUUUGGAAGUCGGCACAGUAAGCAGACAAAGUUUAAAGACUCGUCGUUUCGCUCUUCAGAUCUCGGUCUUUUUCCACGCUUGACGGGAGCUAUGCAGAAUGCUGUGACCGGGACGGACAUGCUCACGGAAGGCUUUGAAGAUGAGAUCGACUCGGUAACUCCGCGCUCGCCAGUGACGGAGCUGGGAAGUGAAGCCGGUGUCGGACUCUCCGCUGCCAAGGUUCGCCUUUUUGGGGGCGCGUCGACUGGAAACGAGAGACUGGAUUUUAGGUUGGCUGCUGCCGCUGUGCUCUCCUCCGGAACUGGCUCUGGCAGUGACGAGGACGAAGUGUCUGAAGUUGAGUCGUUUAUUUUGGACCAAGAGGACUUGGACAAUCCAGUGCUUAAAACUGCAUCUGAACUCUUCCUGUCUACUGCUGCUGAAGGAACAGACUUUAGAACUGUUGAUCCUGAGACACAGGCACGUCUAGAAGCUUUAUUAGAAGCUGCAGGAAUUGGUAAAUUGUCCACUGCUGAUGGUAAAGCCUUUGCAGAUCCUGAAGUACUUAGAAGAUUGACAUCGUCUGUGAGCUGUGCUUUGGAUGAAGCUGCGGCUGCACUAACUCGGAUGAGAGCAGACAAUACUCUCAGCACAGGACAAGUAGACAAUCGGAGUCUCGCAGAAGCCUGUUCAGAUGGAGAUGUUAAUGCUGUUCGUAAACUGCUUGAUGAAGGUAGAAGUGUAAAUGAACACACGGAGGAGGGAGAAAGUCUUCUCUGCUUGGCCUGUUCUGCUGGAUAUUAUGAGUUGGCACAAGUGUUGCUUGCUAUGCAUGCCAAUGUUGAAGACAGAGGAAAUAAAGGUGACAUUACACCUUUAAUGGCAGCUGCCAGUGGUGGUUUUGUCGAUAUUGUUAAACUGUUAUUGGCUCAUUCUGCAGAUGUGAAUGCACAGUCAUCGACUGGUAACACAGCGCUUACGUAUGCUUGUGCUGGUGGCUUUGUUGAUGUAGUUAAAGUUUUGCUGAAAGAAGGUGCUAAUAUAGAGGAUCACAAUGAAAAUGGGCACACCCCUUUAAUGGAAGCAGCUAGUGCCGGGCAUGUAGAGGUAGCAAGGGUCUUGCUAGAAUUUGGAGCAGGCAUCAACACACAUUCAAAUGAAUUCAAAGAAAGUGCACUUACCCUGGCAUGCUACAAAGGCCAUUUAGACAUGGUUCGAUUUUUGCUUGAAGCUGGAGCUGAUCAAGAGCAUAAAACUGAUGAGAUGCACACAGCCUUAAUGGAGGCUUGCAUGGAUGGCCAUGUCGAAGUAGCGCGUUUACUGCUAGAUAGUGGUGCUCAAGUAAACAUGCCUGCAGAUUCUUUUGAGUCUCCUUUGACUUUGGCAGCCUGUGGAGGUCAUGUGGAACUUGCUGCCCUUCUGAUAGAAAGAGGGGCUAAUUUGGAGGAAGUAAAUGAUGAAGGUUAUACACCUUUAAUGGAAGCCGCACGAGAGGGCCAUGAAGAAAUGGUGGCACUCCUCCUUGCACAAGGGGCCAACAUAAAUGCACAGACAGAAGAAACACAAGAAACCGCUUUAACUUUGGCGUGCUGCGGUGGAUUUUCAGAAGUGUCCGAUUUUCUCAUAAAAGCAGGAGCAGACAUAGAACUUGGCUGUUCUACGCCGCUUAUGGAAGCUGCUCAGGAGGGGCAUCUAGAGCUGGUGAAAUAUUUGUUGGCAGCAGGUGCAAAUGUACAAGCAACAACUGCUACAGGGGAUACAGCUCUGACAUACGCAUGUGAAAAUGGUCACACAGAUGUUGCAGAUGUGUUGUUGCAGAGUGGUUCCGAUUUAGAACAUGAAUCUGAAGGUGGAAGAACUCCACUAAUGAAAGCUGCAAGAGCUGGCCAUCUUUGCACAGUUCAGUUUCUCACUAGCAAAGGUGCUGACAUUAAUAGAGCUACUGCAAAUAAUGAUCACACUGUGGUAUCCCUUGCAUGUGCUGGAGGUCAUCUUGCAGUUGUUGAGUUACUUCUAGCACACGGUGCAGACCCAACUCAUCGUUUGAAGGAUGGUUCUACCAUGCUGAUAGAAGCAGCAAAAGGUGGACAUACUAAUGUUGUUUCCUAUUUGCUGGAUUUUCCAAAUAACAUUUCGUCAGUCCCAGCUACAGAUAUGUCUCAAUUGACUCCACCAUCUCAUGAUCAACCUCCGAUUCCACGUGUACCUAUGAAUACUUUGGCAAUGGUGGUACCCCCUCAAGAGCCUGAUAAAGCUCCUGAACAAUAUGCAACAGAAAGAGCAAAAUUAAAGCAAAAGCCAGAUAACCUGCAUGCAUCUGAUCAGGAUCUGCGAUCACCUUUUCAUCCAUGUCAGCUGUUGGAAUGUAUAGUAGAAGAAACCGAAGGAAAGCUUAAUGAACUUGGUCAAAGAAUUAGUGCUAUUGAAAAGGCACAGCUCAAAUCAUUAGAACUAAUUCAAGGUGAACCUCUGAAUAAAGAUAAAAUUGAAGAGCUUAAAAAGAACAGAGAAGAACAAGUCCAGAAGAAAAAGAAAAUUUUAAAGGAGCUUCAAAAAGUAGAAAGGCAAUUGCAAAUGAAAACACAACAGCAGUUCACCAAAGAAUAUUUGGAGUCGAGCCCCCCUAAAGAUCCAACAGUUACGCAUCAGUGCCCUCUUAAAAGCGCAAUCCCACCAUUAGAUUCAAAUGAUGAUUUGUCAGAGGAGAACUGUGUGAAAUUGUCUCAGGUUGGAAAUAUCUUGGCUGAUGAUGGUGAUCAUAAGUUAUUGCCUCAGCCAGAUGUUGAACAGAUGGGAUUUGUACCUAUUCAUCCAUCAGCAACAUCAUAUUCUGAAUUAUCCAAUGAAAUUGAAUUCUGUGAAAUGAAUUCUCUUCAGCCACCAAUAUAUGGAAACCAACCAUUACUAGAACAGCAACAAGCGGCUAAUCAGGUACUUUUAUCUCAAGCACCAGAUGCAUUAAUGGUUGCCUCUCCAGCACAGACCCUAACUGAAACCCUUGAUGACAUCAUGGCUGCUGUGAGUAGUAGAGUGCCUUCUAUACCUGAUGAAUCCUCACUUCCCACUCCAUCUUCGCUAAGUCUUCAGUCUACUCCAACGCCACAACCGUUGCUCUCUACUUUCCCCUCAAUAGAUAUUGAUGCGCAUACUGAAAGUAAUCAUGAUACCGCAUUAACCCUUGGAUGUGCUGGAGGUCACGAAGAGCUAGUGUCUGUGUUAAUUACACGUUCUGCAAAUAUUGAACACAGAGACAAAAAAGGUUUCACCCCCCUUAUUUUGGCUGCUACUGCUGGACAUGUUGGAGUGGUAGAGAUUCUGUUGGAUAAAGGAGCUGACAUUGAAGCACAGUCAGAACGUACUAAGGAUACUCCUCUCUCGCUUGCAUGCUCUGGUGGGCGUCAAGAGGUGGUUGAAUUGCUUUUGGCUCGGGGUGCUAACAAAGAGCACAGAAAUGUUUCAGACUAUACCCCACUCAGUUUGGCUGCAUCUGGUGGAUAUGUCAAUAUUAUUAAAAUCCUUCUUAAUGCUGGUGCAGAAAUUAACUCAAGAACUGGCAGUAAACUUGGGAUUUCCCCUUUGAUGUUGGCUGCAAUGAAUGGACAUGUCCCUGCAGUUAAACUGCUUCUUGAUAUGGGUUCUGACAUCAAUGCUCAGAUUGAAACAAAUCGUAAUACUGCACUUACUUUGGCAUGCUUUCAAGGUAGAGCAGAAGUUGUGAGCCUUCUCUUAGAUAGAAAAGCCAACGUUGAACAUAGAGCUAAGACUGGACUUACACCGCUAAUGGAGGCAGCCUCAGGGGGUUAUGCAGAAGUGGGAAGAGUUCUUCUAGACAAAGGAGCUGAUGUAAAUGCACCUCCAGUGCCUUCAUCAAGGGAUACUGCUUUAACAAUUGCUGCAGACAAAGGCCAUUACAAAUUCUGUGAACUGCUAAUCAGUAGAGGUUCACAUAUUGAUGUUCGAAACAAAAAAGGAAACACACCACUUUGGCUGGCUGCAAAUGGUGGUCAUUUUGAUGUAGUACAGCUUCUUGUGCAGUCUGGGGCUGAUGUUGACGCAGCUGAUAAUAGAAAGAUCACUCCUCUUAUGUCUGCAUUUCGAAAGGGUCACUUAAAAGUGAUACAGUUUUUGGUUAAAGAAGUAAACCAAUUUCCAUCUGAUAUUGAGUGCAUGCGCUACAUUGCCACUAUAACUGAUAAGGACCUUUUGAAGAAAUGCCAUCAAUGUAUGGAAACAAUUGUAAAAGCAAAAGACCAGCAGGCUGCAGAAGCAAACAAAAAUGCAAGCAUCCUCCUUAAAGAGCUAGAUUUAGAGAAGUCAAGAGAAGAAAGCAGAAAACAAGCUCUUGCUGCAAAAAGAGAAAAGCGUAAGGAGAAAAGAAAAAAGAAAAAGGAAGAACAAAAGAAAAAACUGGGAGAUGAUGAAGAUAGUAAGAUUUUAGAGAUAUUCGAUCUACAAGAUGAGGAGGGCAAUGAUGAAGAAGUAGAGGAUGAUGUCCCUAUAGAACCUCCAAGUGCUACUACUACAACCACCAUUGGAAUCUCUGCAACAUCUGCCACAUUUACAAAUAUUUUUGGAAAAAGAGCUAAUGUUGUAACAACCCCAAGCACAAACAGAAAGAAUAAAAAAAAUAAAACCAAAAGUACCUCUCCAAAAAUGCAAAUAAUUAUGCAAGAUCAGCACAUGUCAUUAGCUCAAAAAAAAGCAGAUAAGAACAAAAUAAAUGGAGAGCCAAGAGGUGGUGGCACAAGCAGAAAUAGCGAUUCUGAGAACUUGGAUAAUAAUGACUGCAACAGUGAAAGCAGUACUGGCGAUAAAAGUCAAGAGCUUUCCUCUUCCGGGGAAAGUCAGUAUUCUUCAUUGCUGCUUAACCACGAAGAAAAACCAAGCACACCUGCUUCCAAAUUCCCCAUAAGACUUGAAAAUGAAUUGUGCCACAAUGCUCUUUCCAGUUACAAAACUGUGACAGUGUCACCAAUUGGCAAACUAAAUCUAAGCAGCCCUAAAAGAGGGCAGAAAAGAGAGGAAGGGUGGAAAGAAGUUAUUCGAAGGUCAAAGAAACUGUCCGUACCUGCUUCUGUAGUGUCCAGGAUAAUGGGGAGAGGAGGAUGUAAUAUUACUGCCAUUCAGGAUGUUACUGGUGCCCAUAUUGAUGUUGACAAACAAAAGGACAAAAAUGGAGAGAGAAUGAUUACUAUACGGGGAGGUACAGAGUCGACCAGGUAUGCAGUUCAGCUGAUAAAUGCCCUCAUUCAAGAUCCUGCAAAAGAACUUGAAGACUUGAUUCCAAGAAACCACAUCCGUAAUCCCAUCAACUCAAAGUUGAAUUCCAUGUCACAGUCAGGAGCAAGCAAUUCGAACAAGUCUGCGUUUUCUCUGAGCACUGCCACGGUAUCAACGUCACAGUCUGUGGGUUUGCCAGUAUUUCAGGCACCCAAUAGACCAAACAAAAGCAUGCAAGCAAAUGUACGUUCACCCUUCAAAGUCCCUCUCCCAGUAUCCUAUUCUCAUCCUCAUUUUGCCCUUUUGGCUGCUCAAACAAUGCAGCAAAUAAGACAUCCACGUUUACCUAUGGCCCAGUUUGGAGGAACCUUUAAUCAUGCCCCAAGUACAUGGGGUCCUUUCCCUGUAAGACCAGUUAGUCCAGGUAGUGCAAACAGUUCUCCAAAGCACAAUGGUAAUGGACGUUCAGCUCAUCAAAUGGGAAGCUCCAUGCUCACAGACAGCACAGCAACAUCACUAAGCAGCCCCAUUGCAAUGUCUCCUUUAGCUCAGCAGAUGUGCUUGUCUGAUACUUCUUCAUCUUCCAGAAAACAACUACUUACCUGCUGCCCUAAAACCAGCAGUAUGUCAUCUGUGGCUUGUGCAGGGUCCAGCAUCUGUAGCCCUCUUCCUCCAGUUUCAUCUAAUAGCGGGACAAUCUCCAGUGCACUUUCACCUCCAAAUGUUGCACAAACAGAGCACUUUAUUUUAUCUAAAAAUGAAUCUUUUUCAACACCCAAAGAAAAAGCUUCCAAAAUUGAUCAGCCAGCUGACGUGUUCUCUUUAUCUCCUGCUAGAUUCAAUAACUCUUCGUGUAAUAAUAAUAGAGUAGUACCAAGCCAGUCCAGCUUGUGUUUAUCACCCCAAAAUAGCAGAAAAGAUGAAAUGCAGCCUUCUGGCAUUUCAGAUAUGAGCCAGCCAAAGACUGUUUCCUUAAUGCCUAAUGUAGAUUCCUCUUCAGUCUCUGCAUCCUCUAUUAGACCUGCGGUACAAGGAGGUGGGGAGUCUCAGGAUAACUGCAGCAUUUUACAGCUAGCUGCUGCACCCCCAAAUGGCUCUCACAGAAUGCAGUCUACAGGUUCUUUCUACUCGGUAGGUCCUUCCAUGACCAUGCAACAGGAUGGCCAGUCUAUUUAUGGCACAGAUCAACUUUCAAAUACCCCUCAGGAAGCACAAAAACAACUAAGCCAACCACCUGCGGUGCCAAUGACCCCUGUUAUGAACAGUUCACAAAUGCACCAUAAUGUGGCCAAUAAACAUAUGCCUCCCUCAUUUGGACCAGCAUUUCUCAAUCACUUUUCUAGUCUUUUUGAUAGUCGGGUCUCAUCAAUGAACCAAAGCUGGGGGGGAUGCCCAGUCGCUCCACAAACAGGCGAUCCAGCUUUUCACUCCCAGUCUCCUUUUCUUUGCAACUCGGUUCUUGGACAUGCAGAUAAUAUGCAGUCUUCAGAAGGCUCCAAAGCACCAGGAUUUAGGUCAUCUCAAAGAGCUUCAUCUAGCACAGUCGCUAUAUCCUCUCUGGAGACAACAGACCCUUGUUUAACUUCCUCUUCUGCCCCGCUGAUGACGUUUUCAUCAAGUAUCCAUGCAAAUCAAGCCUUUCUGCAAGGGCCAACAGGAACACCCAACUUUAGCAGGCAGCAUUUUUCCCCCCAUCCUUGGACGAAUGCGGCUAAUACAUGUGAGUCUCCAGUCUCUUCUGGUGCACCAUCUCCAUUAUCAUCCGUAUCAACAACCUCUUCCCUGGGUCAGCAGUUACCCGCCAACUUGACUUACGACCGCAAAAUACCUCCACCAAUUGGAACAGAAAGACUUGCACGGAUACGACAGGGAAGCUCAGCGUCUCCUGCUCCUUUGGGAACAAGUUUUUCGGCUCCAGUUGGUAAUGCUGGCAUUUGGUCAUUUGGAGUAAAUAAUGAAUCAGAGGGAUUUUCUGGUUGGUCCCACCCAGUAAUGGGCAGCCAUGCUAUGCAUAAAGCUCAUCCAGAUGCUGUGGCAUUUUCACAGCAUCAGCAGAUGGAGAGAGAUGAAUCUGGAAUACUGAAUCCUUCCAACCUAUUUCACCAAACCAUGUCAAGUAAUUUUGUGGAUAUUUCAAAAGGGCUGCCAAUGUCUUUGUAUGGGGGCACAGUGAUACCUCCACAUACGCAAAUGUCUGAUGGUCCUGAUUAUCCAGUAUUCAAUGGAGUGCACUCACAAGAUGCUGCUUGGAGUCCAAUGCUAAAGGUGGUGCCUAGUUCAGCUGAAUGUACAGAUGCCCAGAAGAUUUGGCCAGGGACCUGGACACCUCAUAUUGGGAACGUGCAUUUGAAGUAUGUUAACUGAAUUAGAGGAGACAGUUCAACACAAAAACGGAAAUACUUGAGAGCACCGGGGAGUUUGGUUUAUUUUGUUUUUAUGGUUUAGUUUUCCUAAUUACACUGUUCUAAAGUAGGCCAUUUGAACGGAAACUGGGUCCCAUUGCUUCAGAACAAAAAGGACUUGCCGUAUUUAAAACUCAAAUUGGAUUCAGUUUAGUCAUGUGAGUUAAAAAUACAUGACCUAAUACAGUGGGUAUUGGCCAAGCAUUAUUAAAACUUGGUUGCGUUCAGACAGAAAAACAUUUAUCAUCUCACUUGUUUUAAAGGGCAUUUCCACUCAUAUAAUAAACAUAACAUCUUGCAUAAAAAGUAAUGUUUUUGCUGAUGAAAGAUGCAUCUCUCUGAUCAUUUCUAUUCUCUGCCAUAUAAACGAUGUACCAAGGGGCGGCUCUUCUCCAGCCAAGACUCAAAGUAUUGCGGGAACUCCAGUCUUGCCUGCACAGAGGGCUGACUUCUGCUAACUCCGUUCAGCAGUCAGGAGAAGCAGUGCAGAGGAUUGAAAGAGACAGAGAGGUUCUGAUUUCAAUUAUAAACAACUAUAAAAACAGUGAAAACAUUUUUAAUUUUUUAUCUCAUUAUUUGGGUGGAUUCCCAAUUAAGAUGGUAAAUGGACUGUGGUUUAAAAAGCUACAACAGAAUCUGAGUGCAGCUUCCCAUUUAGUUGUUCUGCCUUAUGUAGCCUUUAUUAAUGUGAACUAUAUUCCCAAAUAUACAAUAAAAAAAAGUGCUUACACCAAA